AUGACAAAAUUCGCUCGUUGCAAGUCGAUGAGUCGCUUCAAAUGGGAAUCUGACUGGGAAAGCGCCACCGAAGAGAACGAAUGCCAACUGCUGGAAGAGAUGCGGCCGAUCCUCGCAUCAGAGCCAUCGACGCCGCGAUCAGCGAGCGGAAUGAAGGAGUACAACACCAGAAAGUUUGAGUACAACUUCAAAAUGAAAAUCAAUAGGCUGUGGGUUAGUGAGGUGUUUGUUGAUUGCAUACGGGAUGUCUACCAAUCUACAAGCGCUGCAAAUUGCAAGAUGAGAGAAACUGUGGUUGAUGUCGCACGCCAACACCUAUCUGAGCUAUGGGUGAGACGGCCUUUCAAGGAGCUUAUCCGCGAAGGAGGCGAUUUCGGGGUGGACUUGAUGGAGCUUCAACACAGCUUCCAACUCCUCAACACCAAAACUGCUCGUAUCUCGACGCCUCUAGGCUCGGCGUUUCGGAGUGGAGGACAAUACCCUGGAUUACCCCACGCAUCCCUGGCCGCCUGGGUGGCCAGUCUGAUGCACACAACUGGAACCCCAGACGCUUUCCGCCAGGCCAUGAGCAACCUUCUUUUACAGUUCGCUCCCAGGUCAGCAGGAUGGAAGGUGGACAGGGAUCAAUCAAGGCAGUCAUCCAGGUUAUUGAUCAUGCUGCAGACAGUAACGAAUGAGGGCUUGUUCUUGCGCAAUUGGGGCAACGGCAGCAAUCGCUCUUGCCAGGGGAGCAUAGAGCUUGUUGUAAUCCGGUCCGGCGAAAAUGGGGUGGAUGGUAUUGAGGACGAUGAAUACGAACUCGAGGUCCACGAAGAGCCCGUUGCGGACGAGGACUGGCAUAAAGUCUCCCGCAUGCUUCCCGACCGCCCGCUGGAGGAAGAGGAUAUCGACAUUCUUGGCCGCCGAGACAUUAACAUCAAUUAUGAUUGGGCUCCCACGCUGGAGGGUACACCGACAAUGGCAUUCUCAACGGUGACUACUGGAAGCAGCGCAAAGCGAGAAACCCCCUUGACCUUGAUGUGGAUCAUCAGCCUUUGGAGGAGAGGAACACCUGUUUGGCGUGCUGCGCCCACUGGCGUCGUGGGAAAUCAGAUAUCGGGCACCACCUUGCAUUCCCUGUUGUACCUCCUGAUCAAUAAGGACUUCGAGCCCUUGUCGCCCAUUGACAAGGCGCAGCUCCAGAAGCUUAGGGAUAUCGAGUAUCGGGUCAUUGAUGAGAAGAAUAUACUGGGACUGCUACAGCUAUCCUGGAUCGACAACCCUCUGCGCCAGGCGUUCCCGAGUAGGAAUGAGGAGUCCUUUGGUGGUCUUAACAUCCUUCUGGUUGGCGACUUCUUUCAACUUCCCCGGGUGCUACAGAAGCCGCUUUAUUACGACAAAGAGAUGCAGGGAGUAGAUAUCAAAGGUAGGAAUGCAUAG